GCCCCUUCAGCGUCUUAUAAAAUCACCUCCUACUGUCUCACACAGCACAUUCAGCCUUCAGCCAACCAGAGAGACUGCUGUGUAUUUACAUCACUCCUAACGAGCUCUUUUUGGAAAGCGAUAAUGGACCCCUGCGAGUGUUCAAAGACUGGAACCUGCACGUGCGGUACAUCCUGCAAAUGCUCCAACUGCCAGUGCAAAUCCUGCAAAAAAAGUUGCUGCUCUUGCUGCCCUUCUGGCUGCAGUAAGUGUGCCUCAGGAUGUGUGUGCAAGGGAGAUACCUGUGAUUCCAAGUGCUGUCAGUGAACACUCCAACACUAUUGCCACCAUGUAAAUGUUUUUUUUUUUUUUUUUUGAAAAUUCCAA